CUCUUCACCAGUGUUCCGAUGAAUAAAAUUCAACUUCACUGAACUGAACAGCUGAACUCAACUUGCAAGCAAAUUUAAAGAAAUACACCGAGUAAAUAUGAAAGAAAUAGAACACCAGCUAUGAUGAAUAGAAUUGAACUCUACUGAAUUGGAAGCUAAACAGCGGAAUUUGCAAGUAAAUUUAAAGAACUAAGCAGAGUAUGUACAAGAAAUAGAGCACAGUUAUUGAUUUAAUCCCCGUUUUGUGCCCACCAGAGCAUGGAUAGGCCAGUGUCAGAAAAGAGUAUAGAAUUUACUGUGCUUUAUAAAUCUCAAGUUGAAAAUCGUAGCAAGCAUGAGUGCAAAUAAUUUUUUUUUUACAUCAUGGUCAAUGUUUUAACAAUUUAAAUCGAUUGCUUUAAAAUGAGUCCCAAAACGCAAACUUCUUUCACAAUAAAUGGUUCAUACCUUUUUUCGAAAAACGUGAUAAAAGGACAAUGGUUGUUAAUGAAUCAAUAUGAUACACUAUGAUUGUGAAUUGUUUUAACGGCGCAAAAAAGUUUACCGUAACAGAGCAUGUACAAUAUUCAAUGAAGCAACAUGACGCAAUACACUUCAACGCUUUGUUGGAUUAACAUGUAAAUGCGGAAGAGUCAUAAAGUGGACAGAUAUUAUAGAAAAUAUUCAUAAACAAGAUAUAUGCCAGAGCUGGAAAAGAAUUAAAACAGUUCUAUUGAUGUCAUUCUGCUGAAAACUGUGAUAGUAAACAAGUUUUAACGCUGGAUAUGCUGUUCAAUUUUCUGAAAAUUAUUAAAGUUUCUGUGAAUCGGUUUUGUGAGUCGGAUUUAUCAAAGAGUGCAAAUAUUCAUUAAAUGUACUGCCUCAAAGGUCAUAAAGUAAACAAACUCAACAGGAAUGCCUGUGUACGGGAUAAAUUACUCGUUCUUUCUAACUCCGCUCAUUUGGAUUAGAAGAGAAAAUUUACAUACACCAAAUGUCACGUUUUUUUUAUAUUUGAGACAGGCAAUUAGUAAGAUUUUUAAACUUUCUUACACCCUGCAUUUGAAAUGUUUGUUGGUUGAUAUAGAAUUACGACAAAGUGCUUGUUCCGCCUUGCUCAGGAUGUAAGGGACAUACACGACUUGGUUCAUAUUAUUGCAUGAUGAUGCGACGUGAAUGCUGUCUGUGUCUGUUGUUAACAAAUGCGCUUGUGUUUAUCAUUUUAUAUAUGUACAUUCAACCUGGGACAAACUUGCCGGCUUUCCACGAAGAUUCAACCAAUUUCUACUUUAAGAUGAAAAAAAUUCAGAAUGGUGUUGAUGGCAGUGAAAAAACGGAAAAUUACCCAGGCAGAUGUGAAAAUGACCUAGAAUUACUCAUAUUAGUUCCAAGUUCGAUGUGGAAUUUUAGGCAUAGGGAGGCCAUCAGAAAAACCUGGGGAAACAAGGAUAGUUCUGAUGCAGAAACACGGCUGUUGUUUUUUACGGGAACAUCACUUUCAAAUGAAACAUUUCAACAAAUGUUUACGGAUGAACAAGGACAAUUUCAAGAUAUCGUAAAGGUAAACAUUACAGAAUCGUAUGAUAAUUUAACUAAAAAGUCAAUAGCAUUGUUAAAAUGGGCUCAUUUGAACUGUCCCGGCGUUAGAUACGUUUUGAAGUCGGACGAUGAUAUGUUUAUAAACAUUCAAAACCUAGUUAAUGUCUUGAGAAAAACUAAACCAAAAAACGCCAUUCUAGGAGUGAAAAAUUCACACUCAGUCCCGUUUCGGGACAAAGGAUCAAAGUGGUAUGUGUCCAGGGAACAAUAUCCAAAGGACAAGUACCCAAUAUACAUAAGUGGGACAGCCUAUGUUAUAACUGGGGAUAUCAUAUCACCAUUAUACAAUUCAACACUUUAUGUGCCUUCAUUGUUUAUAGAAGAUGUGUACUUGAAUGGAAUAUGCCGUGAAAGAAUUGGAGCAGAAGCCAUUCACCUUCCAGGCUUUGAUCCAGCAAGAAACAAAGGAAAGAUUAAUGGACGAUUUUUUGCGAAACGAAUAACAGGACAUCAUUUUUCUCCCAGGGACAUAAUACUCAUGUGGGAUGAACUUAAGACAGUUCUAAAAUCACCCCGUUCUGUAAAUAAUAACUGACAAAAUGUUACUAUAAGAAAUCUUAUGCUUAAAUAAUGGUAUUUAAGCAAUAAAACACGAUCAACAAAAUAAACUUUGAACAAAAAUGUACGCCCUAGACAUACACAAUCAUAUAUCAUACGGAAGUUGAUAAACAACAAAUAUAACAAAACGUGGUUGCAAUAAAU